AUGGCUGGAGAAAUACGUGACCAGCAACCAAAUCCUUGGAGGAACCAUCUUGAUGAGCCGCCUUUGGACGAGGUCCGAGACCGCAUACCACGAGAAGGCCUUGGAUCGGAGCUUAACCAAGCUGAUAGGCUACACCGAGGAGACUUAGGCGAUCACCAAGGAGGGGAGAACCAAGAGACCGUAGGAGACAGUGACUCUAGACCAGAGCUUCUCCAAAGCCGUAGCCCUAUCCGGACUUACGAGGGCCACCAGUUUGAGAUCAAGCCGCGAGUCAUUGCUUUGGUAAAACAAAGUCAAUACCACGGGCUUAUCAAAGAGGAUCCGUUGGAUCAUAAAAAACUUGAUGGAGGCUGGGUUUAG